AUGAUCAACGCAGUGCUUGUGUUUAACAAUAGUGGCCAACCGAGGCUAACAAAGUUCUAUACUCAGCUGGACACACAAACCCAGCAGUCACUCAUAUCGCAGAUAUACACCCUUGUCUCCCAGCGACCUGCCUCAGCAUGCAACUUCCUGCCGCUGCCUCCCUUGCUCUCGCAAGGCGCGAGCAACAACUCUGCCGGUAGCCACUCCGAUGCACCCACCCAAAUCACAUACCGAACCUAUGCCACACUGUCUUUUAUCUUGAUAUCUACAUCAACAGAGUCUCCUCUUGCCUUGAUAGACUUGAUCCAAGUGUUUGUUGAAGCCCUAGACCGCCUCUUUGAGAAUGUAUGUGAACUUGAUCUUAUUUUCGGCUACGAGACGAUGCAUGCGGUUUUAGGAGAGAUGAUUGUUGGAGGCGUGGUGAUAGAAACGAACCUCGAGCGGAUCGUCCAAGGGGCUAGAGCGCUAGAAGGACCACGAGGGAAGAGAAAAGUUGCUGAUAGUGCCGGCUCCGCUAUUGGACGAUCGGGAAUUCCUGGCUUAGGAGUUCCUUGGAGAUAA